UACAAGUUAUGUAACCAUUGCCAACACUUGAAUACCUUUUUCAUAACGUAAACAAAUAUAAGAAAAAGCAAACAAACCUUACAUAACAAUAACUCUUCUCCGAAUUAAACUCCUAAAUUCAAUCUUCCAAUUCUUCAUCUAACCUCAUAUCCCAUCAAAAUCUUGUCAUAAAGAUCAAAACAUUUUUUAUUCAUCCUGUUUUUCUUUUAUCAUUUCUACCUUCACAACACCAUGUGAUCCGCCGCUAAAAUCCGUCGCUAAAUCGCAGUUUUCUAAUAGUGAAGCUUCUUUACCCGUUUGUUGAUCAGAUCCAAAAAAAAUAUAUAUAAUGAGUCGGUUUUUCACGGUCGGGUUAAUUACAGCAUGGUAUUCAUCAAACAUUGGUGUAAUAUUAUUAAACAAGUAUUUACUAAGCAAUUAUGGAUUCAGAUACCCAAUAUUUCUGACAUUAUGUCACAUGAUGGCAUGUUCGUUAUUUGGUUAUAUUUCUAUUUGUUGGUUAAAGAUUGUUCCCUUACAAACUAUAAAGUCUAAAGUUCAGCUUCUGAAAAUUUCUGGUCUUGGGAUUAUUUUUUGUUUGUCGGUUGUUACUGGUAAUGUUUCUCUGAAGUAUCUGCCGGUGUCGUUUAAUCAAGCUAUUGGGGCUACUACUCCGUUUUUUACUGCCGUUUUUGCUUAUUUUAUUACUUUCAAGAAGGAAGGUUGGCUCACUUAUCUCACUCUUGUUCCUGUUGUCACUGGUGUUGUCAUUGCUAGUGGGGGAGAACCAAGUUUUCAUCUGUUUGGAUUCAUAAUGUGUAUUGGUGCAACAGCGGCUCGUGCACUCAAAUCAGUGCUUCAAGGAAUUUUGCUAUCCUCCGAAGGGGAGAAACUUCACUCAAUGAACCUAUUAAUGUACAUGGCUCCUGUUGCAGUUGCAUUUCUUCUUCCUAUAGUGAUAAUUACAGAAAGAGAUGUGAUUGGGAUCACAAUUGCACUUGCUAGAGAUGAUAAGAAAUUCAUCUUAUAUCUUACCUUUAAUUCUGCUCUUGCUUAUUUUGUUAAUUUGGCUAAUUUCUUGGUCACCAAACACACCAGCGCCUUGACACUUCAGGUUUUGGGAAAUGCAAAAGGCGCAGUUGCAGUGGUUAUCUCUAUUCUGUUAUUCAGAAAUCCGGUAUCAAUUACCGGAAUGUUCGGAUACUCGAUAACCGUUAUGGGAGUCAUUCUCUACAGUGAAGCCAAAAAAAGGAGCAAAUGAGGAUUAACAGUAAACAGAUGUGCAAUCCAUUUUCCCUUUCAUCUCUCCAUCUGUCAAACUUUUCAGCUCGUCAAGGAAUUGGAAGCAAGUUCAAUUUUGCACUCAGUUGAAGACUUAUAGAAACCUAUAGUUUUUGUAUUUUUCCCCUUAAAUUAUCAAUCACAAUUUUGAUUCAGAUUUAUUCAAGAGGAAUAGUUCUUUAUUGAUAGAAAAUUCAAAGAUGAUUAGAUCUUUUACAUCAA